GUGGUCGCGAGAUCGUUCCGAUCAAGGCGAAGAAGGCGCUUGUUGGAGCAGGAGCACGGAUUCUCUUCUAUCCUACUCUUCUCUACAAUGUGUUUAGAAGCAAGAUCCAGGCCGAGUUUCGUUGGUGGGACGAAGUAGAUCAGGACGUGCCAUUGAAUUUGACCAGAUGUAUCUCAGAAAAAUUACACUACGGAUCCUCAAUCUCUUAGCGAUGUUUGUAUGUGGUCCUCAGCCUUUCAAUUUGUACAGUUGGGUCCUAUCCUUUACACUGUGCUGCAAUCUUAGCCUUUGCGUUCAGAUUACGCCAUUGCAAAGGGUAGAGAAUCCAUGUAAUUGCAAUGCAAGCAGUGCGGUUCGAACAUUACUCCAUAGAGAGAGAAAGCUAAUUACAUGGCAGUUAAUGCUGAUUACGUGGAAAGCUCUAUUGAUGUUGACAAAAUUUUUAAUGGGAGUAUCAAGAUUGUACGCGGUGAAAAGGUUAGUGGACCAGUUUGUAAAGUUGACAGAUUGAGGACCAAACUGAAACUUCACAAUAAGUUUCUUUUGCUUGGGGCUGUUCCAUUUCGUACAGAUGUUCCUCGCUUGCAGCAGCUUGGGGUUCAAGGUGUUGUCACCUUAAAUGAACCAUAUGAGACAUUAGUGCCAUCAUCAUUAUAUCAGUCUCACGGGAUUGAUCACCUAGUUAUUCCUACAAGAGAUUACUUGUUUGCUCCUUCGCUAGUGGAUAUAUGCCGAGCUGUUGAUUUCAUUCAUAAAAAUGCAACUUGUGGGAGGACAACUUAUGUACACUGCAAAGCUGGGAGGGGGCGCAGUACGACAAUUGUCUUAUGCUAUUUGGUAAAAUAUAAGCACAUGACACCUGCAGCUGCUUUGGAGUAUGUGCGAUCAAUAAGGCCUCGAGUCCUGCUGGCUCGGACUCAAUGGAAGGCAGUUCACGACUUCAGCAAACAAAAGACGGAAUUACCUGCUUCUUUUGGCGGCAUUUCCCCAAUUUGUUCUCCUGCAGGGGAUGCUGUGCUGAUUACAGAAGCGGAUCUUGAAGGCUAUACCGUUGGCUCUUCCGAGGAUCUUACCAUCUCAUCGCAUGGUAACAGGAUUGCUCGAGCUAGGCCGAUGAUUGCGAGGCUAUCGUGCCUCUUCGCCUCUCUGAAGGUGUCAGGUGGCAGCUCCUUGUUGGUUAGCCACCGCUUGCCAGAGAUAAGAGCUUGCUAAAGUCCUUCGCCUAUAUUUGUAUAGGGAGGGACUUGUAUGUAUAUAUCCCUGCAGCAUACUUCUAUUUGCAUAUAUACCCCAGUAGUAUCGGAAUUUCCAUAUAUAUCUUUCAAAAACAAGCUUAUUAAUAAGCAUCCGCAAGUUGGCAAGCAUCUAAUCUGUGGGGAGAAGUUUGGUUAUCAAUCAGAAAAAGUCUCUCGGGGAGGGGCAAUUUGUCUGAUAUUAAUAGUAUAUAUAUACAUAAGAAAUUGAACUUUUGAAGGGCAUUUGUGAAACUUCAUAUUCCAUAUGGGUAUAAAUGUUAAGUGAUGAUCUCACAGGGGUAUAUAUAUGUAAAUAUCUCAAUAGGGGACGCUGAUUUCUGUAUAUAUAAGUUGAAGAUAAAUAGUUAAUAAUGUAGAAAUAAGCUUUGUACAUGUCAGUCAUCUACAGGAGCAUCCAUGGUUCCAGUGGUGAAAAGGAAACUGUAAUAUACGACACUUCGGUUUACCCUUAAUUUAAAACUAAGCAGUCAAAGUAUAUCUCGGAAGCAA